AUGUGCUCAAUAGCAUCAACUUCAUCGAAAAAGAUGAUGCAUGCCUUCUUACUACGUGCCAUCUCAAACAGCUCCCGAACCAUCCUGGCACCCUCUCCUACAUAUUUCCGGGCAAGCUCAGAGCCAAUGACACGGAUAAAGGUGGCGUCUGUUCGGUUUGCUACAGUGCGAUGGCAAUCA